AUGGCGGCCAAAGACCGGGGCGGAAACAGUAAUGGCGGUAGCCGGAAGAAGAAACACGAACCACCCCCGAAACCCAUCCCGGAACAAGACAGGCACAUAUGCGGUUUGAUAUGCGUGUGUCAGCUCACGUUCGUGCUCAGCUCCGUGUCACUGGUGUACCUGUCGGUGGCCAUCUACGUGCCGGGCUACAGGGCGUUCAACGCGGCCAUCGAGACGGUGCCGCUCAUGUGUCAGACGAUCAACUCGACGGUGUCCAACAACUGUGAGUGGGCGUCCUGCGGCGAGUGGUGUCUGACGAAACCGUCGGGCAACUGUCCGCAGUAUCUGGUCACGGUACGGCACAACGGCACCGAAAUCGGCGUGGAGAACUGCACCCGGCUCACGAGCGUCUCAUGUCCGCAGGCAAAUCCGGAUACAUUAAAGCGGUACAACUGCAACAACAACAAGGAGUGUCUGGGCCUCACGGGUCUCAUGGCCUGUAGAUUAGGCCACUGUUCCAAUAUGUCAGAAUUGUAUCAAUGCUACUACAACAAGAGCGGAUCGCCGAUCAACAGCGACGUAGACAAUAUGAAGCUCAACGGUUAUUUCAUCUGUGAAAACGGGAGCUGUUCCACGAUUAAAUGGCCAUUUGACUGUGACCGAUACUGUAACAAAAUCACGACGACGGGAGUGAACGUAUUCCUGCGACUGGGGGACACGGUUCACACGGGCGACUGUCAGCGAGUGGUGGCGUAUAACAAGGCUAACGGUAAUGCGGCGCACGGCGAACCACUUGCGACGCCCAAAGAGAUCUGGACGGACGAGAACUCGACUAUUGGCAUAUUCAUGGCCAGCUGUAACAGCAUAACGAAAGAUAGUGGCAACUCUCUCAGAGCCUAUGACUGCAUCAACGGAACCGUGCUCGACGAAUCGCAAAUGCCGCAACUGUUUAUAAACUUCACGACAUUCUGGUCGAUAUACGAAGCAAGCGAUCGGCCACUCGACGAGACCAACACGUUCGUGCCUGCGCAAUCCGCGCUCACCGUCUACAACUCCAGCAGACUGUACAUCAACCAGCAGGGGUGCGUGAACACGUUACGCAACGAGUGUAGAGACUUUAGCUACACGCAUGGCCGGGCUGGCGAUAACCACACGGCCCUGAGUCGGUUCCCGUGUUUUUAUACAAAGAACGAUUCGUUCUCGGCGCUGGCCCGUUUCGACUUGAACAAGACGUGGUGGGAACUGAUGGUGGGCGUCACUGUGCCCGGCAUACUGUUCGCCGUGUCGUUCCUGACGUUGCUGAUCGUCCACCAAACGGUCAAGGUGGGCGACGACGCUCGCAUGACAUGCCAGUGGUGCGCGGACGACGACGCCGGUGCCGCGGCAGACGAACCUUUCAUGAAGCCCAGCGACAAGCAGGCGGCCGCGGGCAGGAGCGGCCGCAAGCACCGGAAGCGGGGCGAGCUGCAAGAACUAAGCGUCAUCGAAGCGCUGGUGGCCAGGUCGGCGGACAUGUCCGUUGGUGUCGACGGUAGACGUCCGAUGGACGGCCCGGACGUGUAGAGUGACUCCGUUACAACGUUAACAACAUAAUAAUAAUAUUAUUAUUAUAAUUUAUCGUUUUUUAUUAGACGGACAUGCGAAAACCGUCCGGUCAAUCACUCUGUCGACAGCGCGCGCGACCAAAACGAUAACGCGAGAAAAUCGAACGUCAAGCCGAUAAUUAUUAAUACGAUAUUAGAACAUAACGAUAUUUAAUGACAAUAGCGUUGUUAUUAUUGUAAUACCAUUUUCAUUUCGCGAACGAUUCAAAAAGCUUUUGCAAACAUUUUAUUAUUCGGACUCAUAUAAUAUAAAUUAUAUAUAUUAUUAUAAAGCGUUAUUUUUUCUAUAUACUGACUAUUUCAUACACCAUGUAACAAACUAAUAUACAUAUAAGUAAUGUAAUAUGUGUAUUUGAACACACAUCCACAACGCAUUGUACGAGUGUACAAUAAUAUGUUAAAAAUGUAUACCUAGGCAAAUAUUCCGACCAUCAAAAAUUAUUCUUAAAAUUUGCAUUGAUCAGUGUAGUCUUUUUUUUAUUUAAAGACUUUUUGUAAGUUUUUUUUUU